AUGAAGGUGGCCAACCUGGUGAACACUCUCGGCCACCAAGUGACACAGGUCUCCGGGGUCUCAUUGCUCAAGACCCUAGAUGUCUUCUGGGAUAUCUCGCGCCGUUAUUUUUACACUUUGGCCUUUUGGUCCCUCAUUGGUGCCAAGAUCUUGCAUCUGUACGCACACCUGUUCUCUCUGUCGCCUCAGAAGUUCCUUCUCUGGGGUCCUUCAUUCUUUUACCAAGAUGUCCUUCUCUUAUUGCUGCUGCGGAUUUGCGUCCAGAGGCUAUCUGGCCCGAUCGCGGUUCUGUGCGCUCUCUUCGUUAUCCCGUUUAGUAUAAUCGUAUCGGGCAUGUCCGCGGCCAACUUCUCCGUAUACGUUUUUACCGGUGCCGAAAUCCACUGGCGACAGGCGAAAACCUUCGCGGGCGACGGCGCCGCCGUUCGCACCCUUCUCACUGGCCUGACCGGAUUCCUCAUUGGCGAAGCCCUGCUCGUGGCAGGCACAGUUUUCACUGCCCGCUAUAUACAUACUUUCACCGGAGGGGUUUUGCACGUACUGGCUUGGCCCUGUCGGUGGGUACUCGCGCGCUUGUCUUUCUGUCUGGACCCUUUGCUCGGGCGCCUGCGUCGCCGAUUCCAGCGUGAGCAGCCGCUUCCAGAUCCUCGUCGAUACGAGCAGAUCUCGCUCGAGGACGAUUAUCUGAACGAUUCGGGUGACGAGGAUGAGGGAGACUAUUUCCUGGAUAACAACCAUGCGAACAUCACGACGGCCGCCGAGCUCACCAACAGACGACCGUCGGAUCGUCUACUGCCACGGCUGCUGGUAAUUGCGUUCAUGAUCUCGGCGGUGAUCUUGCGCUCGAUCCGCCCUGCGGAACCUGUAUAUCUGUAUCUGUCGGGCACGUUACCAUUGAGCAUGUUCUUUGAGGGCGGGACUAGCCGUUAUACCGCGAUUGAUAUCUCGGCCCUCCCUUGGAACUAUAAUUACUUGGUGGUCAAUUCAUCCUUGGCUGCCGCUCCGGAUUGGGACUGGAUGACAAAACAGGCUGGUCCCGGGUUUGAGGAUUGGAAGAAAGGUAGCGAGGUUACCGAAGCUACUGGAUUGCAUUACGACCCCCACAAGAGCCCCCUUCACAUCUCCAACUUGAAAAACCCUGUUCUCGAGUCUAUCAGCAACGCUUUGACAUCAGGCGAUGUCAAGAUCAAGCAUGUCAUUCUGCUGAAACUAGAGAGUGCGCGUGCAGACAUCUUCCCGCUGCGCAAAGACUCAUUCAUGUACCGCCGCAUUGAAGAGACUUACGCGGACAAAAAGAUCCCCAGCAGUGUCAACGAACUGAUUGCCAAUCUGACCCCUACUGCCGAGCGACUGACCGGCUUUCCCACCGGAUUCGAUUCCAAUGACACCUUAACCGGAAAUCGGAAGCCAUACGGUGGCAUUGCUGCCAAAAAUGCCUACACAACCUCCACCUAUACUCUGAAAAGUCUUGCUGGCACUCUUUGCGGUGUGACACCUCUUGUGGCUGAUUUCAACCGCGAAUGGGAGCAUCACAUCUACCAACCAUGUCUCCCACACGUGCUCGACAUGCUCAACAACCAACAGGAGACCUUGGAUGACACCCCGGAUUUCACUCACUACCCGUGGCACUCAGUCUGGAUGCAGUCGGUCACUGAGGGCUAUGACAACCAGGACAAGCUGACUCCUAAGAUGGGCUUUUUUGACAAGAAGACCAAGGAAAUCCUGGAUGAGCCCAACGCUACUCACCCAGUCACCUCGGAGGAGAUUAAUUACUACGGCUACGCCGACACUGAGCUCCGCGAAUAUAUUCGCGAUGCCAUUGAUGAGGCUGAGAGUAAUAACACUCGCCUUUUUCUCACUCAUCUUACUGGCACAACUCACCAUCCAUGGGGUCUGCCAAACGACACUUACGCCGAUAUCCUCGGGAACCAAAAGGGUUCCAACAACGACCUCAACCGUUAUCUCAACACAGUUGGCUUCGUGGAUGACUGGAUCGCUGAAAUUCUCAAUAUCCUGGAAGAGAAGGGGAUCGCAAACGAAACAUUGAUCGCAAUGGCCGGUGAUCAUGGCCUCUCGCUCCCCAACGACGGUGGAAUCACCCCCUACGAUAACCCCCACGUAGGCUCCUUCCAGGUGCCAAUCGUCCUUGCUCACCCACACCUGCCACCGGUCACCAUUGAAGCACCCACCUCUAGCGACCAGAUCGUGCCCACCAUCAUCGAUCUGCUCGUGGAGUCCCGCUCGCUCACCAAGAAGUCUUCCCACGCAGCCAAAGACAUUCUCUCCAUCUACGAGGGCCAAUCGCUGAUCCGCCCGUUGAUCCAAGAGCACGGUGGCAUGCAAGACUGGCAGUUUACAGUCAUGAACACCGGUGGCUCAUGGCUGGCUGUCCGCUCAGCUGCACGCCCGCAGUUCCGUCUCGUGAUCCCGCUGGUCAGCGACGUCGAAUGGCGUUUUUCUGAUCUGAACGUCGACCCCUACGAGCUGGAACCCAUCUCUCGCUUCAGCCUCGGCGACCUAGCACUCGAUCUCGCCAAAUCCUACGAGCAGGAUGUCAUCGACUGGUUAUACGAAGCUGCGUACGUGACCAACUGGUGGGUCGCCGACAACUGGGCACGGUGGCGGUACGACCCUCCAGUUAAGAAGUCAGAUGAAUGA